GCGGCGCGGGGCGGCCUCGGGGCUGCCGCCGCCGCCUCCCCUCACCGCAGGCGCUGCCGGCGCGGAGCGGAGCGGGCCGGGCCGGGCCCGCCCGGGCCCGCCCGCCCGCCGCGGCCACCGCCGCGGCCACCGCCACCAUUCCGCCCCUACCGUCCCGUUGCCGGCGGCCCCCAGCUGCCACCAUGCAGGAGCUCAUCGCCAGCGUGGACCACAUCACGUUCGACCUGGAGCUGGCCGUGGAGCAGCAGCUGGGGGCGCAGCCGUUGCCCUUCCCUGGCAUGGACAAAUCGGGCGCGGCUGUCUGUGAGUUCUUUUUAAAGGCGGCAUGUGGAAAAGGGGGAAUGUGCCCGUUCCGACACAUCAGCGGGGAAAAGACAGUUGUUUGUAAACACUGGCUGCGAGGACUGUGCAAAAAGGGAGACCAGUGCGAGUUUCUGCACGAGUAUGACAUGACCAAGAUGCCUGAGUGUUACUUCUACUCCAAAUUUGGGGAAUGCAGUAACAAAGAAUGUCCAUUCUUGCACAUCGACCCGGAGUCUAAGAUCAAAGACUGUCCCUGGUAUGACAGAGGCUUCUGUAAACACGGUCCCCUGUGCAGACACCGGCACACUCGGAGAGUCAUUUGUGUGAAUUACCUGGUAGGAUUCUGCCCAGAGGGACCUGCCUGUAAAUUCAUGCACCCUCGGUUUGAACUGCCAAUGGGAACCACAGAGCAACCACCACUGCCUCAGCCGACACAAACACAGCAAAAGAGGACACCCCAAGUCAUUGGAGUCAUGCAGUCUCAAAACAACAACACUGGGAACAGAGGACCCCGACCCCUGGAGCAAGUCACCUGCUACAAGUGUGGAGAAAAAGGUCAUUAUGCCAACAGAUGCACCAAAGGACAUCUGGCCUUUCUCAGUGGGCAGUGAAGGAGCAGAAGGUGCAAGGUUGCUGUUGCCACUGAGGAAAGGUUCCUGCCUAGCACUAUGUCUGGAGCUAUUAAUCAGGUUGUUUUUUAAUGCCAUUACUGAAAGAACUGGUCAGAGGCUGGCUGCUGCUAAGCAAACAUUUUUGUAACUCUCCCCAACUUUUUUUUUAAGUUUUAACCUUUUUAAAACCGAUUUUGGCCUCCGCCUGUUUUCAUUGAGCCCUGAUGAAAGGUAGAUCUAAGAGCCAGUAGAUAAACCAACCCCUUACUGGUGCAGCACCCCAGGUAAACACAUCUUAGGCCAGCGUUUCUUUAAAAAGUAUUUUCCUUCUGCCAUUUCUCUCUGGAGAACCUGCAGCGUUUCAGCCUUCCCUGUGGAAGCAGGAAGACUAACUGGGAAAAAUUCACACUUGCAAUGCCUUCUCCUCAGGGGAUUCUGCUGUCCUGGAGCUCCUAAACGGCCAAGUCAUGUCUCCAGGCCCAGCCUGGUAAAGCUUGUCCUGGUGGCUGACCUAACACUUUAAGUACAUCAGGCAGUAAAAACUCGUGUCCACUUGCUUUGUUUCUGUGCUUCUUGCUGUACUGAAGGUUAGAAAUUAAAUCUUGCGGGUGAGAACCAAUCAAGGGGAGAAAAAAAAUUGGCAGAAUCUCUCAGCCAGACAGUAAGGAACAGGGCAAUAAUCCUUAUGGUUACAAGGAAAGCUGCAUCUGUGCCCAGUUCCCAUUUGCAAAGAGCAAGGAGGGAAAUGAGUGUGGCUUGAAGAGUAGGAAUAGAAGAGCCUUCUCAGCCCUCACCAUCCAGCUCACACUGGGCAGGGAUUCCCACAGCCUAGAGAAGAGCUGGAAGUGGAGCUGUAUCUUCCUAUGGAACACUGCUUUGGAAAGUGGUAGAGAUUUCUUUUGAGAGCAAUUUUUUUUUUUUUCUUUUUUGCAAACCCAAACCCCCUUUGUUUUGAGAAGACUUAUUUCUAUAGGGCCAAUGACAAAAUAUAAAUUAAAAAAAAAAAAAAGAAAAAAAAAAACCCACGUUUCCUCCACAAUGUGAGCCUUACUGAUUCUACCCAUCUCUCGUUUGCUGCCUGCCUUUAUCCUUUGUUUUUACUGAACUGUACUGAUGGCAAAAGCUGGCUGUGAAUUUAUUUUUCUUUAAGAACACGGUGAUCUGGCUGGAUUAAGAGAAGUGAAGAGCCUG